AAUCCCCCACCUAUGUAUAUAUAAUGAGUGAGUGGCUUGAAUUUUAUAGCAAUUGGAGGAAAAUGGCAGACUUGGAAGAGGUGGUUGUUGAAGCAAAUUGCAGGGAAGAAAUAAAUAGGCAUAGCCAUUCCUUAAAAAGCUUGUUCAGAAGCUCAUCAGGUUACUCUGCUCAAGUCAUUCCCAUCACAACUACUCCCCCAAAUGAAUCAACUGAAAUAUGGACAGGUGGUGAGCUCAUUCCACAGGAUGCUUGGCUGCCCAUCACAGAAUCCAGGAAUGGGAAUGUGUUUUCAGCUAUCUUUCAUUUACUUUGCUCAGGAAUUGGGAUCCAAUCCCUUUUACUGCCUCUUGCAUUUGCCACUCUUGAAUGGGCAUGGGGAAUUAUAUGCUUGUCACUAGCAUUCGCAUGGCAACUCUACACCGCAUGGCUUCUUGUACAUCUACACGAAUCGGACACCGGAAUUCGGUACAGUAGAUACCUCCACCUCGCUAUAACAGCCUUCGGUCCAAAGUUAGGGAAACUGCUCACUAUAUUCCCAGUAAUGUACCUAUCAGGGGGUACAUGUGCCCAGGUGAUCAUCAUAGGAGGUGGAACCAUGAAGCUUUUCUUAAAAGCUGUUUGUGAUGUUAACUCAGUGACUGGCACAGAGUGCUUCUUGUUGUUCGUAUGCAUGGCCAUUGUUGUGGCUCAGUUUCCCAACUUGAACUCCAUAGCUUGGGUCUCACUGAUUGGUGCCACCACUGCGAUUGCCUACUGUACCCUGAUUUGGGGCCUUUCAAUCGGCAAGGGCAGGCCUAGUGGCAUUUCAUACAACCCACCGGAGAUGGAGUCAAACAUGGAUAGAUUUGGUGGUGUACUGAACUCAGUUGGCAUCAUUUUUCUUGCAUUCAAAGGUCAUAAUGUUAUCCUUGAGAUUCAGGGGACAUUGCCAUCUAGUCCAAAACAGAGAUCUCAAAACCGGAUGUGGAGAGGAGUGACUAUAUCUUAUGCACUUAUAGCAAUGUGCUUCCUUCCUCUUGCCGUAGCUGGAUUUUGGGUUUGUGGAAACAAAAUACCAUCUUCAUAUGGAGGACUAUUGACCUCUUUUUCACAGUUCAAUGGGCAUAAAAACACUUCAAAAGCUGUGUUGGGACUACUUUGCAUACUAGUAGUGAUAAACUGCUUGAGCACUUUCCAAAUCUACAGCAUGGUAGUUUUUGAUAAUUUGGAGUUUAAGUACACAAGCAAGAAGAACAAGCCAUGUGCAAGGUGGCUUCGGAUAGCUUUUCGGAUUUUCUUCGGAGGACUGGCAUUUUUCAUAGCAGUUGCUUUCCCAUUCUUGCCGAGCCUAGCACCUCUAAUCGGAGGCAUGACACUCCCACUGGCAUAUGUUUAUCCGUGUUUCAUGUGGAUAACAAUGAAGAAACCAGAGCCUAAGAGUACUAUGUGGUGUGUGAACAUUGGACUUGGAUUCUUGGGGCUGAGUUUGAGUGUUGUUUUAGUCAUUGCAUCAGUUUGGAAUUUAGCCGACAAAGGUUUACAUGCCAAUUUCUUCAGGCCUUAAAUAACUAUUAGUUAUAUAUUUACAUGCCAAUUUUUCUGAUUCUAAAGGAGAUGCUAAAAUCCUACAUGGAUUGACAUUUUUCACUUUGCUGUCAAAUUUGAAGGCAACAUCAAAAGUUUUCUUUUUGUUCUGA